AUGAGUUGGGUAUCGGAUUAUAAAUAUACGUGGCUUCAAACCGUGGCCAUGCAUGUAAUUAAGAAUGGGUUUCGUUUACCAAACCACAUAGCUUUUGUGAUGGACGGAAAUCGACGAUAUGCUAAUUCCCAACAGAUUCGUAAGAUCGAAGGGCACUCCAAAGGAUUUGAUAAGUUGGCUGAUUGUUUACGAUGGUGUCUUGACAUUGGCAUUCGAGAAGUGACUACGUUUGCUUUUAGUAUAGAAAAUUUCAAAAGGUCGAAAGAGGAAGUGAAUGGUUUACUAGAUUUAGCUCGGGAGAAGUUUUCCAAACUUCUCCAGGAAGGUCCAAAACUUCGAGAGCAUGGAGUCCGAAUUAGGGUUAUUGGAAAUAUAGCGCUUUUACCAGAAGAUUUACAAAACCUCAUAGCACAGACAAUGCUAGAAACGGAGACCAACAACAAGUUGUUUUUAAAUGUCGCCUUCUCUUACACUUCUCGAGACGAAAUUACGCAUUCUGUGGAACAAGUUCUUCGCCAUGGCGAUGGAUUACAAGAGGGAGACAUUAGCGAGCGUCUUUUGGAAGAAUGUUUGUACAGUAGACACUCACCUCCGCCUGAUUUACUGUUUCGAACUUCCGGGGAAACACGAAUCAGCGAUUUUUUAAUGUGGCAGCUAAAUUCCACAGUUUUGUACUUUACGAAAAUCCUGUGGCCGGAAAUUACAAUAUGGAACUUCUUAGCGGGAAUAUUCACGUACCAAAGAGAUAGUCAGCACAUGGUAUCCUUCAAAAAACAUGAGCGAUUGAAGCGUGCAAUAUCAUCCAGAAGUUCAAACUUUUAUACUGAUCGGGUUCAAAGAUUUUUGCAUCGCCUAGAUGUAUAUAAAAGAAAUAUGUUGUUGAAGUGGUCUACUGCCCAAUAG